AUGGUCAAGGCCAAUGCUAAUGCAGCAGCUGCUGCUGCUGCUUCUGGACCUGGCGUUUACAGCGCAGUAUACAGUGGUAUUCCUGUAUACGAAUUCCAGUUUGGUGGUGACCUCAAAGAACAUGUGAUGCGAAGGAGACACGAUAACUGGAUCAAUGCAACACAUAUCCUGAAGGCUGCUGGGUUCGACAAGCCAGCUCGAACCAGAAUUCUCGAGCGAGAUGUGCAAAAAGACGUUCACGAGAAGAUCCAAGGUGGUUAUGGAAAAUACCAAGGUACUUGGAUACCACUCGAGAGCGGGCAAGCAUUAGCAGAGCGGCACAGUGUAUUCGAUCGAUUACGACCCAUCUUUGAAUAUGUCGCUGGUGCGGAGAGCCCACCUCCUGCUCCCAGACAUGCUAGUAAACCCAAGGGACCAAAGUCUAAGCCUCCACUACCGAAGUGGAACAAUCCCCCUCCAGCUCCUGCUCCCGCGCCUGUAAUUCAUGAUGAUCCCGAUACGGUAAUGGGUGACGAAGAUACACCAGAUAACCUCACAGUGGCAUCAGCAUCUUACAUGGCCGAAGACGAACGUUUCGAGAUGCCUCAAGUGCCAGGCACAGGACGGAAGCGCAGAAGAGACGAUAGCAAUUUGCAAGACCUUACCGAGCAACAGCAUGCGCUAUACGGCGACGAGCUUCUCGACUACUUCCUCCUCAGCAAGACAGACCAACCAGCAGUAAAGCCUGAUCCACCCGCCAACUUUCAACCUAACUGGCCGAUCGAUGCGGAGGACCAUACGGCGCUUCACUGGGCGUCUGCAAUGGGAGACGUUGAUGUUGUCAAACAACUCAAGCGAUUUAACGCAUCAUCCACCGUCAGAAACAUACGCGGCGAGACACCGUUCAUGCACUCAGUAAACUUUACGAACUGUUACGAGAAGCAGAGCUUUCCCGUCGUGAUGAAAGAGCUAUUCGAAACAUUCGAUGCUCGUGACAAUAUGGGCUGUACAGUGAUACAUCAUGCGGCUGUUAUGAAGAACGGCAGAGUAUUCAACUCAUCAUGCUCGCGAUAUUACUUGGACAAUAUUCUCAACAAACUUCAGGAGGGCCUAGAACCAAGCGCAUUUCAGAAAUUGCUGGAUGUUCAAGAUAACGACGGAAAUACAGCAUUACACCUUGCGGCGCAGCGGAAUGCUAGGAAGUGCAUAAGAGCACUAUUAGGACGCAACGCUUCAUCGGACCUUACGAAUAACGACGGAAUCAGGGCAGAGGAUCUUAUUAUGGAUUUGAACGCGACGAAGAAAGAACGUGGACCUCAACGAUCGUCGUCUCCUUUUGCCCCUGAAUCUCAACGACAUGCUUCUUUCAAGGAUGCAUUGCUCGAGAAGGCGAAUCGGCAACCCCCGGUGGCUUUUCAGUCCGCGGCAGCAAACACUGUCCAGUCACGGAUCACGCCCCUGAUUAUGGAGAAGUUCCAGGAUUUAGCUAAGAGCUACGAAGAGGAAUGGCGGGAGAAGGAUGUAGCAGAGGCAGAGGCGAAGCGAAUCUUGGCCAACACCCAGGCAGAUCUGAAUGUUCUCCGGCAAAACAUCACAGACGCUGAGGGGCAGCUCGAGUCAGAAGAAGCAGCGUCCAAAAACAACCAAGAAGCCAAUCUCGCCAAGCAUCAGGUGCUUUCACUCAUCACACACCAAAACCGCUUACAUGUUCAGCGGUCAGUGGACAGUGAGCUCAGCCGCAUCAAUGGCGAUGGAGGCGUGCAGGAAGAGUCAUACGAAGAGAGGCUGAGUCUCGCCCGCCAACUAAGCACAUUGCUUGCUGAGCAGCGAACAGCUGAGACGGAUUAUGUCGAGGCGUUGAGUAUGGUGGGCACGGGUGAGAAGAUUGAAAAGUAUAGGAAACUUCUCAAGAGGUGUCUCGAUCCGAAGGAGGGCGACAGCCUGGACACGAAUCUCGACAGCCUGAUCGAGAUGAUGGAGGAAGAGCGGGACGAGGAUGGUAUGGUCGGCGUUAUGGAGCCCCAACCAAUGGAGCUGUCAGGUGGCAUCUAG